GUUUUGUCCCUCUCCGCCCACCAUAUGAAAACUUAGACGGAGAAGGUCACAGAUAUGGCGGCUGUCAGGAUGGGAAAACUGAUAACCAUACCUGCAGGUCUGAUGUGUGCAUCUAUAAGUGUACAUGCAGCCAAAGAAGAAGAAUUGAAAAAGCAGCUAGUAAAACCAGAGCAGCUCCCCAUGUAUACCACACCACCUCUGCAGUCUAAAUAUGUUGAAGAGCAGCCUGGUCAUUUACAAAUGGGCUUUGCAUCCAUCCGUAAAACAACUGGUCAUUAUAUUGGCUGGUGUAAGGGUGUUUAUGUCUUUGUGAAAAAUGGGAUAAUGGAUACAGUACAAUUUGGAAAAGAUGCUUAUGUCUAUCUGAAGAAUCCACCUAGAGAUUUUCUUCCAAAAAUUGGAGUGAUUACAGUUUCAGGAUUAGCAGGCUUGUUUUCAGCAAGAAAAGUAAAUCUUGGUAUUGGCCUGCUUUUGUCAAUUUUGAUGGGAGUUCUCUGUUCCUGGAUCUGGAUGUAUGCUUCCUUUCCCAGAUUAGGUUCCAGGUUUAAGAAAAUUGCUUAUCCCUUGGGACUGGCCACUUUAGGAGCAACUGUUUGCUACCCAGUUCAGUCAAUAAUAAUUGCAAAGGUAACUGGGAAAAAGGCAUAUACUACAAGCCAGCAAAUUUAUGAAGCAGUUAAAUCAUUGUGGACAAAAAACAACAAAAAAGAGUCACUCCCUAAACCUAAAGAAAGAACUAAGAUAGAAAACUCUGGUGAAAUAGAAAUAUCUGAAAAAACAACUCACAACCUGAAAUUUUCAGUGCCUUUGUCAACAGAACUCAUCUUUGAAACAAAGACAGAAUCGGAAUCUACCUCAGGUGCUACACAGUUUAUGCCUGACCCCAAGCUCAUGGAUCACGGGCAGUCCCAUCCAGAAGAUAUAGAUAUGUACAGCACUAGAAGCUGAAAUAGUCUGCAUAGAGAACUACAAGAUGUGUGAAGUUGAAAAUAAUGAUGAAAAAAUCAUGUAAAGGGUAACUGUGAUACAUAGAAUAUAACCUAAACCAAGUUUUUCCCGUACAUCUUCUAAUGUAAUGUACAGUUUGACUAAUCACAUAAGUGAUUAAAACACAAACUGAAUUCAAUUCAAACAAUAUUAAAUGAUUGACAAAGAGGCAGAAGUAGAAGUAUUGGGAUGCAUUUAAUGAUUUUUAGCGGUGUUUACAAAAAUAGACUAAAUAUAUAAACACUGAUGAGACUAAAAUCUGAGCAAAUAUGUAUGUGGGCACAUAAAUAUUUAUACAGAUACACAUAUAUAUUUGUUUUACCUUUUUGAAACUAAUGUCAGCUAAAUUAGAAUAUUGUGUGGAAGGAUGUGUUCCCCACUUUUUCAUUUCC